AUGGAUGUGAAAUGCCCAGGAUGCUUUAAAAUCACCACCAUUAUCAGCCAUACACGAACAGUAGUUUGGUGUGUUGCCUGCCCCACUAUCCUCUGUCAGCCUACAAGAGGAAAGAGCAAGGCUGACAAAUGA